CCCUCAACUUCCAUAUCCAAAACCAUUAACAAUUCUCACUUCUCCUUCAACCACAAAUAACCACAUAAAAAACCAAUCGACAACAAAAACCAAAAUCAGAACCCACCCUUAUCAAAUCAAAUCAAACUAAUGGCUUCCCUACAGACUUCGUCUCUCAUCUUCUCCUCUUCUUCUUCUUCAUGUCCUUCUAAGAAUAGAAUCAAUGCUGCUCUUCAACUUCCUGAGCUUCCAAAACUUUUCAAAACUCAAACAAGAAAGGUGGUCGAGAGAUUGAACUUUCAGGCUGUCGACGGAUCAACAAACACAAUCCCAUUACAAAAGAUUGAUAACAACAACAAUAACGUCUUUACCAUACCAGAACUCGCCGAAUCUUUCAAUCUUUCUUCCACUUCUAAGGCUACCGCCCAAUUCUAUGCAAUCUUGGAAGCAGUAGCAGACAGAGUUGAGAUGCACAGCAACAUGGGAGAACAGCGAAACAACUGGAACACCCUUCUGUUGAACUCCAUCAAUAUGAUCACUCUCACUGCUUCCACAAUGGCUGGAGUUGCAGCCGCGACUACCGGCGGCGCCGGAAUGUCGCUUCUGGCUUUGAAACUGUCAUCUACUCUGCUGUUCUCCGCAGCCACAGGGAUGUCGCUGGUCAUGAACAAGAUCCAGCCUUCGCAACUAGCCGAGGAGCAACGCAACGCCGCCAGAUUGUUCAGGCAGCUCCAAAAGAAAAUCGAAACCUUGCUCGCUCUUCGUGCUCCAAACGAACAAGAUGUGAAGGACGCAAUGGAGAAGGUCUUAGCACUCGACAAAGCUUACCCUCUUCCUUUGCUCGGAGCAAUGAUCGAAAAGUUCCCAAAAACAUUCGAGCCCGCUGUUUGGUGGCCUCAAAAUCAAUUCCAGAAGAGAAACGAAUCGUACCAAACGACAACAGAGGAGAACAACGGAUGGAGUGAGGAACUCGAAGCGGAAAUGAGAGAGAUUAUAGAAGUAGUGAAGGCAAAAGACACGGAAGACUAUGAAAGGCUUGGUAACUUGGCGUUGAAGAUAAACAAGACUUUGGCCAUUGCAGGUCCGUUGUUGACCGGCAUUGCGGCUCUGAGCUCGCCUUUUGUCGGUCAUGGGUCGUUGGCGGCGGUGGCGGCGGUGACUGCAGGAUCAUUGGCGACCGCCGUCAAUGCUUUCGAGCACGGCGCACAAGUUGGGAUGGUGAUCGAGAUGUAUAGGAACUGUGCCGGCUUCUUCAAGCUCAUGGAAAAUUCAAUCGAAGCUACACUUGAGGAAAGCAAUGUGGAGAAAAGAGAAAACGGAGAGUUGUUUAGAAUGAAGGUGGCUUUGGAAUUGGGAAGAAGCUUUCCACAGCUUAAAGACAUCGCUGCUAAAUCUGCUUCAUCUCGUACAGAUGGGACCCCCAUUGAUGAAUUUGCAAGCAAGCUCUUCUGAUUAUAUUGACUGUCCAGAAUUUUUUAUAAUCUCCCCUGAAUUUUUUAUUCAUUAACUGAUAAAAUCUUUGUAAAGAAAAAUAUUGCAAAGAUUAACAAAUGUGUAUACUCUCAAAAAUUUGUAAUUUAUUACACGUGUGGAAGCACUUAUAAGUUAAAUUCUUUUACAU